UUAAGGCUGCAGUACGGGGUGAUGAUGCAUCUGCCGGUCAACUCAUUCAGUCAAGCUUGGGGGUCUUGUCCCGUGACCUGAAAGCAGCGAGAGCCUUCGACAAGGUGCACCUAGCCUGGCACAGGCGCCGUUGGUGACUUCACCGUCACUUCGUGUUCGUAUUAUUGGUGGCACGUGGAGGACUUCGUCCCAGAGUGGACGGAAACGCGCCCGAUGGGAGAUCUUACUGAACACACCAUUUGGUGAUGUACACUUAAUAAUAAUAAAAACACUCAACACAUUUGUCAAUAGUAACAGUGUAAUAGGCGACGUUUCGGACAAUGGCCCUUCUUCACAGCCAAAUGAAUGGCUAUGAACAAGGGCCAUACGCAGAAUGUUUCUGCUUUUAUAUAGGGGCUAUGAAUGUGUUGAUGUACUAUGAAGGGCCAUUGCCCGAAACGUCGCCUGUUGUAUAUUGUGUUCCCCCACUUACGGCCACGUCGUUAUUGGCGAGUUUGUCUUGCUGCUGUUGGUCGGGUAAACAUUCAUAGGGGUGCAUGCGCAUUCGGCAAGCGACAUCGCGAUACAGUGGGCGGGGCGGGGCGGCACGCAACGCGCGAUGCAUGUCCAGUCGUCGGCGCACGCUCCGAAGGCGCUGGAGGAGGGGAAGGGUGCAAAUCCGUCCAAAAUCUCGCGAGACGCGGCCGGACCCGCGCGCGCUCAGAUGAAUGCGGAGGUCGGCAAACGAGAUCUCGCGAGACUUUGCGCGGUGGCGGCCCCCUCCCCCCCCCGAUGGUGGUGACGCUGGCGAUGGUGGUGGUGGUGAUGGUGCGAGUCUAAGUGGCGGCGGUGGUUAGCGGUGGUUUAGUGGCGUUCGGCCCGGACAUCGUCGGCGUUCGCCAUGAAGCUGCACCAGGUGCUGACGGGCGCCGUGAACCCCGGGGAGAACACCUUCUCCGUGGGGCUCCUGGACGGCGCUGCGUUCACGGCCUACGCGUCUGGCUGUGACAUCGUGAUCCUCGGCAGCAACUUUGAGCGCGUACAGAUCAUCCCGGGCUCCAAGCAUGGAAACAUCCAGGUCGGCUGCCUCAGCUGCUCUGCGCGCCUCGGCAAGAUUGCAGCGUCUUACGGAGACACCGUUUCCAUCUUUGAGCCUUUCCCGCUGGUCAACAAAGCAAGCAACCCCCUCGGCUUGCAGUGGCACAAGACAGGGCAGCUCAAGGUCCCAUCUGCGGUCCUGGAUCUGGCAUGGGACCCUCAGGCCGAUUCUCUGCUCACCGCCUCCAGCUCUCUGCAGCUGUGGUCGUGCUCCCCGGGGUCGGAGGUCGCAGUGGACAGCCCCGCGAGCGAGUCGGCGCUUACGGGCUGCGUCUGGGCGGCCGUCUGGACGUGCAGGACCGCGCUUCCUGUCACGCAAAUCAAAUUCUCUCCGGAUGGAUAUUUUUUCGCUACCACUGGCAAGAACGACUGCCUGGUGAAGGUGUGGUACCGCACGGAUGGGUGGCACGCGUGCCGGGUGGUGGGCGUCUCCGGCGGUGGCAGCUGUACGGACCCCGCGGUGAUGCCGACGGAACGGCCGGCAUUCUCGUUUGCGUACCUGGCGCACCCGCGUGCCGUCACCAGCCUCUCCUGGAGGAAGACCAGCACGUACCUGCCCAGGGGCGCCGCCUGCAACACGCUGCUCACGUCGUGCCGCGACGGCAUCUGCCGCGUGUGGCUGGAGACGGUGCUGCCCGAGGACUGCCUGCAGGAGUGCCCGGCCGUGAGCGGGCACGGCGCCCGCGGGGAGCCACCGCCGUCCGUGCGGCUGGCAGCCGCCGCGGGGCCGCGCGGGAAGGCCCAGCGGGAGCGCAUGCAUCACAUGCUCGGGUCGUUCCAGCAGCUCAAGAUGCUGAAGCGCAGGAAGCGCACGCUGCAGAGAGACGGCCUCGGUUCAGUACUGGCCGAGGCCCUGCCAGGGUCGCCUGCGUUACCACGGCAACCGCGCAUCCUCGCCCAUUUCCACAUCGCCGCCAGUAUCAACCCCAAAACAGACAUCCCGCUGAUGCCGGCAAUGGGCUGCCCGGGAGUGGAUGGCGACGGGCCCCCGUUCGUCGUGCACUGGCUGAACAACAAGUACCUGCAGUUCACGCUCUCGCUCGAGUGCCUCCUGCAGCAGCUGCAACCGCCGGCACCGCCGGGGGGCAGCAGGGGCGGCAGCGGCAGGGCGGCCGACGCCGGGUCGCAGGAGGAGGCCGGCGGAGAGGUCGGCGGCCGCGACGCCCCGGACGGCAACAGCGACAACCACAGCUCGUCCCGCGAAUCCGAGGACGGCAUCUGCUCGCUGGACGACGGCUCUGAGAAGGAGAGCGACACCCCCACCGGCACAGCGCCGCGCCGGCCCCCAGGCAUCAGUACCACCACCAACACCACCCUCACCGCCGCCGCGGCGGUGGCGGCGUCCACCCCGACAGACGGCUCGGGGCCGCUGGGCGGUACCGGGAGGCCCAAGCACGCGGGCGCGGCCGGGGCGGCGUGGCAGGUGGAGAAUGGACUUGACUGGCUGGUGAGGGACUGGCAGAGCGCGCCCGACAUGCUGUACAGCGUGCACGCGCUGGACGGGUCCUUCCUCGUGUGGCACGUCGACUGGCUCGACGAGAGCCAGCCCGGCGUCUUCAAGCAGGUGCAGGUCUGCUUCUCCUCGCGCAUCCCCGUCGCCUUCCCCGCUGGCGACGCUCACUCCAUGGGCAAGCACAUGUACCUGUACGCAUGUUCGAGCGGCGCCCGGCACGCCGGAGACCCCACCGCCGGCACCAGCCCUCACCACCCGCGCUACUACUCCUCCUCCUCCUCGUUCUCCUCCGUGCCUCGCAGCUCCUCCGGCCACCUCAUCUCCUCCAGCCUCGGCCGCAACCUCGGCAGCUGCGGCAGCAUCGGCAGCAUCGGCGGCGGCAUGGGCGGCCCCUUCGGCGCGCUGCUGGUGCCGCCCUCGGUGAAGCUGGUGACGAAGCACGCCGACGGCUCGCUCAACCAGUGGGCCGUCUGCUUCGGCGAGGACGCCGCCUUCCGCACCGUGCUGGGCAUCUCGCACCAGUCGCGCUACUGCGGCCACCGCUUCCGCCUCACGGGGCAGGCAUGCCACGCCGUGCUGCCGCUGCUGCUCACCACGGCGCACCACGCCCCGCGCGAUGACGCGCCGCCCGACGGCCGCUCUUCCCCGCGACCGUCGCCUGUGGACGACGUCGCUCUGAAGCGGCCGGGUAGUCGCUUCGUGCGAAGGGAGGCGGGCGGGUCGUCGGGCGGGUCGUCGGGCGGGUCGCCGGGCGACGCGUUCGCCGGCCCGGCGAUGAUGCGGAGGAGCCGGCGCGGCGAAGGCGGCGGCGGCGGCGCCUGCGGACCGCCCGGCCGGCAGCUGCGGCGGUUGAUGAGCGACUGCGACGUGCUGGCGGUGCGCAGCGAGCUCAUCCUGUGGCGCGUGGACCCCGUGGGGCCGCUGUCCCACACGGGUGGCGUGCUGGAGCUGGCGCGCAUCAACUGUGCCAGCGAGGACGCUUUUUCGCACAUGGCCUGGCUGCCCACCACCGUGCCGGGGUACUGCCUCGGGACGUACUGCAACUCACCAAGCUCAUGCUUCGUGGCGUCAGACGGCUGGAAUCUGCGCCUGUACCAGGCCGUGAUCGACGCCCGCAAGCUGCUCGACGAGCUCUCCAAGCCGCAGCUGUCGCGUCUGGUGGGCGACGUGUUCAGCAUUGUGAGCCAGCAGUCGACAGCUCGGCCCGGCUGCAUCAUCGAGCUGGACGUCAUCACCGAACAGUGCCCAUCCAGCACGCAGUUCCUGCACGUCUUCUCGGAGGAGCUCAUCCUCGGUCGGCGCUCCAAGGACACGGAGGAGGGAGACGGAUCCAACCUGGCGAGCGGUGCCGGUCCCGGCCGAGCGCCGCAGUUUUCUGAGAAGUUCUUCCUGGUGUCCAUCGAGAGAGCCGAGGGAGGGCAGUCGCUGCUCAAGAUGUGGAGCCUCCACCUGACCUCCGUGCAGGCACUCGCUGCCGAGACGCCGGCAUGGCAGAACUCGCCCGGCACGCCACAGUCAUCGGGCACCGGCACUGGCAGCGGAGCUUCUUCCUCCUCGUCGACCUCGUCGUCUGCUGAAUCCCGGCCGCCCUUUGGCGGUGGCGGCGGCGGCGGCAGUGGCGGCAGCACCACGCUGCCCCGCACGGCCUCCAGCGCCAACUUGCAGACAGCGAGCCGGCUCACCCUCGCCUCGCGCCUCCUACACUCGCAGCCGCUCCCGCUGCAGCACGGCGUUGAGAUCAUUCACGCCACGCCCGCCGCAGGCCACCUGAGCUCCUCGUCCAUCUACCCCGUGUGCCUCGCUCCCUACCUCAUCGCGACCUCCUGCUCCGACGGCACCGUCCGCUUUUGGCGCUGCUCCGUCGCCGAUGCCAAAGCCUCGCAGCAGCAGCAGCAGCAGCCGGGCAGCAAUGGUCCGCAGGACGCCAGCUACUCGUGGGAGGAGUGGCCCCUGCAGUGCGACGAGGCGGCUCCCAGCGCCAUCAGCGUGCCGGGCCGGCCCGUCGCCGUCAGCUGCUCCUACCCGGGCUGCGUGGCCGUUGCCUACCGCCGUGAGGAGCACAACGCGAGCAGCGCGCGCGACUCGAGCCUCUACGUGUCGGUGUUCGAGUGCGAGUCGAGCGGCGGGUCGUCGUGGCUGCUCGAGGAGACGCUGCCGCUGGGCGGCGUUGGGCGCCGCCUGCACCCGCACCACGCCGUGGACAGCAACCUCAUGGUGUACAGCCACCCGCCGGGCGGCGACGGCGCCGCCUCCUCCGUCCACCACCGGCACCCGCACGGCCCCACCGAGCGCGCCCUCCUGCGUCACCACCACGACCACGCCAAGCACCUGCUGCACAUCGACUGGGUGUCCAAGGAGGACGGCUCCCACAUGCUCACGGUGGCCGUCGGGGCCCGCGUCGUCAUCUACGGCCGCCUCUCCUGGACGGCGGGGGAGCCGGCGUCGAGGGGCGGGGCGCCGGCGGCGUCGUCGCACGGCGCCCUGCCCGCGUCGUACCGCCCGGCCAAGACGCGCUGGGUGCCGCUGCGCUGCGUGGGGCUCGUGUCGGCGUUCGACGGCUCGCCGGCGCUGCCCGUCGAGCUGUCGUGGGUGCGCGACGGCGUGCUGGUGGCCGGCAUGGACUGCGAGAUGCACGUAUACUCGCAGUGGCAGGACCCGACCGCCGCCGCCUCCGUCGCGGACGAGCAGGCGCUGCUGCUGCUGACGCGCGAGUUCGACAAGAUCUCGUCGUCGCGCGCUCCCCGGCACAGCGCGAGCGCCGGCAACGUCCGGCAGGCGGCGCAAUUUGGCGGGGCCAAGAAGCAACCGCUGCCGCAGGGGCCGUCGCGGAAGAGCCUGUCCAAGUGUCCGACGGCGCUGCGUCCGCUGCUGCACGAGCAGAACCCGGCGCUGGUGCUGCCCGAGGCGGUGCGGGGGUGCGGGCUGUUUGAGGCGGCCGAGGUGCUGUCUCCCACGCUGGCGCAGUACCACCCCCUGCAGCUCUCCGGGCUGCUUGACCUGGGCAGAGUGCGUCAGGUGAGGGCGGUGCUUGCUCACCUGGUGCGCUGCGUUGCCGGGGACCUGGCCUACGUGGCGGAGGCGGGCGUGGAGCUGAGCACUCGGGAACGCAAGCACUCGCGCGCCGGCAGCACGAGUAGCGGCAUGCUCGCUGGGCGGGAGGAGGCGGGAGACUACCCGCAGAUCGACGCCGUGCCGCCACUGCCCCUCUUCAGCCUCCUGGCGGCCGACGGCGCCGGCUCUAUGGGACCAACGCAGCACAACCCCGGGCAGGUGCCGGAGAAGGACGGGAGGCGCGUGGGCGGCUCGGCCGACACCGACCAGUACGGCGACCUCUUCGAGGUUCCGUCGCUCGCCACCGUGGACGACCUGGACGCGACGGUGGACGGGGAGACGGAGGGCGACGAGCUGGCGGGCGCCAACCGCGUAGUGGACCUGUCGCGCUUCGGCGCCACCUACUUUGGGCCCGAGCAGGCGCAGGUGCUGGCGGGACACCUGGUGCAGGCCAGCCUGCCGGGCCUGUCGCGCCUCGAGCAGAUGCACCUGAUGGCGCUCGCGGACACAGUGGCUACCACCGCCAGCCAGGGCAGCAUGGAGAGCGUGGACGCGUGCGGCCUGCGCUUCCUGCUUGCCGUGAGGCUGCACUCCUUCCUGCUCUCCUCCCUGCCGCCCCUGCACCGAGCUCAGCUUCAGCACCAGGGCCUGUCGACGUGCCACUUUGCGUGGGCGUUCCACUCCACGUCGCAGGAGGACCUGCUGGGCAUGCUGCCCGCGAUGCAGAGGGCAGACGGCCCCACGUGGGCAGAGCUGCGCGCCAUGGGCGUGGGCUGGUGGCUCAGGGGACGCGCCGCCCUGCGCCUCUGCAUGGAGAAGCUGGCGAAGGUGGCGUUUCAACGCAACAACGAUCCCCUGGAUGCCGCCCUCUACUACCUGGCGAUGGGCAAAAAGGGGGUCCUGUGGGGUCUGUUCAGGUCGAAGGGCGACUCGAAAAUGACCCAGUUCUUCAGCAACAACUUCGGGGAGGAGCGGUGGCGCCGCGCCGCGCUCAAGAACGCCUUCGCGCUGCUCGGCAAGCGGCGCUUCGAGCAGGCGGCCGCCUUCUUCCUCCUGGCCGGAGCGCUGAGGGACGCCAUCGAGGUGUGCCUGGAGAAGCUGAACGACAUCCAGCUGGCGUUGGUAGUCGCACGACUGCAGGAGUCCAACACGGACGCACCAGCCACCUACCGGUCCAUCCUGGGGUGCCGCGUUUUGGGCCGAAACGAGCUGUCGGGGGCCGAUGCCGCCGCUACGCCGGAGCUCGCUGAGCUGACGAGGGCCUGCGAGCUGCGCAAGGACCGCGAUCCCUUUCUACGCAGCAUUGCAUGCUGGGUAAAAAGUGACUACCCCGGAGCCCUGGACGCACUGCUGGAGCAGCCGGAUUCUGCUUGCGACGCCGACGAAGACGGCGGCAGUGGCGGCAGUGACGGCAGUGGCGGCAGUGGCGGUAGCGGCGGCGGCAGCGCCUCGCCGGGCCUGUGCAGCCCGGGCGUCUUCAACUUCUACAACUUCCUUCGCGGCCACCCACUCAUCGUGCGCCACCACAUGCUCUCCCACGGCGGUGCCGGCCAGCGGCCCGCCGAUACCAUCAGCCUUCGCGAGCGCCGGCUGUUCUUCGCGACGGCGAGCACCCACCUCAAGUCGGGCUGCCCGCUGCUGGCGCUUGACGUGCUCCGGCGGAUGCCACAUGCCGAGAAGGAGGUGGUGACCGUCACCAGCGCCAGGGGCGGCGGGAGAUUGCCGUUGGAAAAUGGACAUGUGCACGGUGGCAGCAGCGCGUGGGGCACGGCGGGCCCCCACCCAUCGAGUGGGCACCACACGGCGGAGAGCGCCGAUUGGGCAAGCUCGGCCAUGACGGUGGCGGACGAGCCCCUGGAGCUGAGCUGGGACAGCGAGGAGGACGAGGAGGAGGAGGACGAGGAAGACGACGACGACGAAGAUCAGGGGAUCACCAUGAAGAAGACGAGAGCGUUCAAGAAGGGCACCGCCGACGUCGCGGAGAGCGACGUGGAGAAGAGGCCAGAGUCUCUGCCGCCUGCGCCGCUGGGCACGGACGGAUACGUGGACGUGAUGGCGGAGCAGAUGAAGUUCCGCGCGUGCCUCAAGCUGCUCGUGGACGAGCUGCGCACGCUGGCGACAGGAUAUGAGGUGGACAGAGGCAAGCUGCACGUGCAGCUGUGCCACUGGCUGGAGCGCGAGGUCGCCACGCUGCAGGAGGUGUGCGGUUAUCCCGGCGACCUGCACAGCACCGCCACCGGCUCGCUGGAUACGGUUGCCGAGGACACCGAAUCAAAGUUGUCCGGCGCCACGGACGCUUGUCCCUUUAUUGGUGGUGGUGGGAGCGGCGGGGUGACGCCGGACGACACGGAGGCUUGGCGCGAGCAGCACAGCCUACAUGCCAGGCAGCUGCACGCGGCGCGCCGGCGCCGCUGGCUGUGCGCCAACCUGCCGCUGCUGCACAUGUUCCUGGGUUACUGCAGCCUGCACGGCGCGCAGGGCGGCGGCCUGGCCUCCGUGCGCGUCGAGCUGCUCUUCCUCAUACAGGAGUCGCAGCAGGAGGCGGUGCUGAAGCAGCUGCACUCGCGGCUGCCGCUACCGACCAUGCUGCCACUCAUCUCGGCGUCGCUCGCCACUCUCAAGACUGUCAUUUCCAACCCGGUGCUGCACGUCGCCAAUCUCGCGCACGACAUCCUGCGCACCGUCAGCGACAUGCCGACACCCCCCGAGCCACCCAAGGACAACCCGCAGGUUCACAUGAUCUACGUACUGGCCGCGUCGCUCUCCGCGUGCGUUUACCAGUCCCUCUGCGACAGCCACAGCUUCAGCAGCGAGGCCGCAAGCUGCCCCUUCACGGGGCUCUCUUACAAGAGCUGCCUGCUCCGCGAUCGCCUGCGCCAGCGCCAUGAGAGCACCAGCAACCUGCAAUCCACCUCCCUGCCCUCCCAGUGGCCGGGCGUGACGCAGCUGCUGUCCCAGCUGCACGCGUGCCGCGACGAGGAGCAGCCGCCGCUGCGCAUGCUGCUGUGCGAGGCGCUGCUCGCCGUCUUCCUGGGGAUGCUGGGGCGCGCCCUCGCCACCAACGCCGCCGGCCGCCUCUACCGCCUGUCGGCGCGCCCGCUGGAUGCACGCUCGUGGGCGUCGCUGUUCGGCGGCGCCGCCCGCGUGCCUCAGUGCGCCACGCCCUCCCCGGCGCAGACGCUGCCGCCGCCGCCGCAGCAGCAGCAACAGGCGUCGUCGUCCUCCAAAGGGAAUUCAACGGGAGAGGCGGUGAAGACGCAGCAGGGCAGCACGCGCAACCGUGCGCAGCAGCAGUCGGAGACGUCGUCCUCCGGUGGCCGGAUCCGGGCAGACGAGGCCAGCAAGCACCGGCACCGGCUCAACAUGCGCAUCCUGGUGACGUCGCCGUCGCCGCCAAGCACGGCCACACCCACGCAGCGCGCGGUCGUAAGCACGGUGUCCGGCAGCAGUGGUGGCGGCGGCGGCGCCGGCGGCAGCGUGGAGCUGGGCGGCUCGUGGGCGCAGUCGCCGCUCACGCCGUGCGCCAACUUCCGUGAGGUGUUUGUGCCACCCGAGCUCAGCAUCUGGGACUACUACAUGGCCAAGCCAUUUGUGGCGUCCGACGACGGCUUGGGCUACGACUCGGACGAGAGCGAGGAGAGCGAGGAGGAGGAAGAGGAGGAGGAGGAGGACGGGGGAGACGAGGAGGCCGACUACGACCCGAUCCUCGACAAGGACGACGAGAGGGUGACGCGGCGCCACUCUCGCGAGCGCGAGCACUCGGACCCCAACUCCUACAGCUGGUGCCUCAUGAGGCUGGUGGUGGUGCGGCUGGCCAUCACAAACAUGCGCGGCUUCUUCCCCAUGGCCGGACUCGAGAUGUCAGACCUGCCGUCGUGCUCCCCGCUCUGCCACAUGGCGCUGUGCACGCUGAGCCAGUGGGAGCAGGCACUGUGCGCGCGCCUCGAGGCCACGCCGGGCCCUCCCGACGACUACAUCCCCACGCUGGGUGCUCACACGGGCGACGGGCCUGCCGGACCGGCCAUCCUGCGCUACAAGGCCAUGCUGGAGCCAGGCAACACGCCCUUCAGUUCGCAUCGCCGAUCGGCACUGGCAGCCAAACGCUUGUGGCAAUUCCUGGUGCGGCACGAGUCAAUGCAGGAGACCUUCAUCAGGCACAUCUUCACUCGCGCGCACCACCGCCACCAGCAGCAGCAGCAGGAGGAGGAGUCCUCCUCAUCCGGGAACCUCAACUACGUGACCGAAGACCACGGAAGCAACAGGACGGAGCUGAGCGCCGGCUCCCCCAUCACGCGAGCGCGGAUCGUGCACAAGGAGACUGACAUCAUCACCGCCUUCGCCAUCAACCGGGCGAAUCCGUCUUGCCUGGCCGCAGCCUCGGCCCACGAGGUGCUGGAGCUGGACCUGUCGUCCAUCUUGUCGUCGAGCUGCCAGGCCUGGGUGGAGGAGGAGUCCGAGUCAGAGGGCAGCAGUAACGAAGACUUCCUGGUGGUCUACACUAAGGACGACGCGUUCCGCAGCUCCAGCAUCGGCAGCUUUCACACGAACAGCCCCUACACGCCGAGCAGCACGGGCACCACCAGCUCAGUCGGCGGACAAACGGGCAGAGGGCCCACCAUGCUCCUGCGGCGGAACCUGAGCAACGUGCGGAGGAUGGCGAGCCACCCGAUAUUGCCGUACUAUGUGACGGGCGGGCAGGACGGCAGCGUGCGCGUGUUCGAGUGGGGUCACGCGGAGCAGCUUCAGGUCAUGAGGCCUCCGCCCGCGCCCCGCGUCACCCGCUUGCGUUUCUGCGCCCAGAGCAACCGGAAGUUUGGGGUGACGGAUGGUGAUGGCUUCCUGAGUCUGUGGCAGCUCGACCUCACAAACAAGAACCCCAAGCCCUACCUGACCCUCAAAUGCCACAGCCGUGACACCUUUGACUUCACUUUUCUGGGCUCCUCCAGCGUCGUGGCAACCGCCGGACAGUCGUCCGACGGCCGGAACGUUCGCCUCUGGGACACCCUCGUGCCGCACAGGAGCAGCCUGGUGCACGGCUUCCCGUGCCUAGAGGCGGGCGCUACGGUGCUGGGCUACGCGCCGCGCAGCCAGACGCUCAUCGUGGGCGGCCGCAAGGGCCACGUGACGCUGCUGGACCUGCGGCAGCGCGUGGCGCGCCACACGGUGCAGGCCCACGAGUCGGCCGUGAAGGCCAUCGCGGUGCACCCCGGCGAGGGCUUCUUCCUCACCGGCUCCGCCGAGGGGAACAUCAAGGUGUGGUCCCUGCCGGCGCCGACGCUGAUCAGCACCUACGCCAACGAGCACGCCCGCCAGUCCAUCUUCCGGCACCUGGGCGCCGGCGUGAUGCAGAUCGAGACGGGGCCGGGCCGCCACGUCUUCUCCUGUGGCGCCGACGGCACCAUCAAGACGCGCGUGCUGCUGCAGCACUCGGGCGGCUGGUGACCACCGCCACUCUCGCCCACCAGCCCGCCCGCCCGCCUGCCCCGCCCGCCCGCCCACCUGCCCAACUAACCCCGUCCCACCCACGCAUAACACGCCCAACGCGGCCACUCGUGCCGGAGUAAAGCACGAAGGGGCGCUUUGCAGGGUCGGGGCCCCCUGCUCUAUAGGGGAACGGCUUGGUCGGCACUGGGUUGGUGUUACCGCCGGGUGCCGGCCGAUCUGAAGCGUGGUUGGCGGGGAGGGCAGGCACCCCUCUUGUGCCCCGAAGCGUCCUACCGAGCCUCGGCGUGGGUUCGGCGCCGGGGCCCACGGCCGCCGCGCCAACCGCAGUGCCGACGCGUGCGCCCGGCUGCCGCCCCGGUAAAAGCACGGCAUGCGCUGUGUGUAAGGCGUCUUCUCUUCUUGGCUGUGCACGCACCGUUCAUAGGUUGGAUAUAAUAACUGGAGAACAGCGGGAACAACAAAACAAAUCCCCGAACACAGCUACGCGGUUUGUUUUUCCUCUGUUUCGAAGUAGUUUUUGUUGUUGGUUUUUUGUGCAAGCGGGCCUUCCGCCGCCGCGAGUGACGGAUGCUUUAUCCCUCCUCAAGGGGGAUAUUGAUGGGUCCCGCGCGGGAGGGAGAGCCCGAAAGUGUCGAUGAGCAGGGUUCGCACCCCGUCGCUUUACCAGCCUCCUCGUGAUGUUUUAUCGCUUGUAAAAUAUAAAUAUGACGUGUACGCGACGACGAAACGAGGGUUUUGAGGGCGUUUGACGAACAAACGCAAGUCCGGCAAUCGUGUGUGAAAACCACAAACGUGUGUGUGAGACAAAGCUUCGGGGGGGAGGGGGGAACAUCUCGUACAACCUAUAGCUUGAGCUUGAACACACCUACGUGUAAGCACACCCCUCACCUCAAAGGCCUCGUUAGGGUAUUAUUUUCUUGUUGUUGUGACGAUCGCAAGCUGGGAUAAACAAAUUAUAUAUGAGGAGACAUUUACGGAGAUGUAAAAUAAAAUAUAAAUAUGUGUAUAUUGCUCUGGCUGUUUGUAAAUGAUUCCACUUUGAAGGCGUAAACUUGAACCAACGGGAGGGGAUGGGUAGAGGAGCAUCGUCGUCAUUGGUUUGCAUCGAGUGGCCAUGCUCCCUGACACUUUUUUUCGCCCGUUUUUAUGGGCAAAGGCGGUGCCGUGCUGCGGUCGCGAGUAAUCCGGGCGGAAAUGUGAUUUGUUUUUUUGUUUUGCAGGAGGGAGGGGGGGUGUGAAUUUCGUUGCGUUUCUGUGCAAAGCGUUUGGCGGGUGCAGGGCAGGAUCGCCGUGAUUCGGGGGGCGUGCACCGCUCGUCGCUGUCCAGAGAGCCGCAUGCAACGCGCGUACCGUACGUUGACCUUUUUUUCGCACCGCCGUACGUAGCCGGCCGACCGUGUUAACCGGAGGUGCGGGGGAAGGACGAUGUGCAGUGCCUCGUCUUCGCCAAUGGUCGUGUAGGCGCUGCGGGUUCGCGAGCGCGAAAUGCUCGUACAUUGCACGUGAUCGGGUCCAGUGCAUGUGAUCGGGUGCAGUCUUUCUCAGCCUGAUGCCUUGUUCAGGGGUAAGGGUGGUGUCACUUUGGAUCAUGAUUAUCAUUAUUAUUGCUGUCAACGUUUUUCCUUUUUUGUUGUUAAGCUUCGGAGGUCACCAAGGAGAAUGGCUGAUCAGACCGGAUUGUUGCAACACUCCCAUUUUUGCGUGCGCGCAGCUGGCACUGUCCAUCGUGUUCCUUUGCUACUGCCUGAGGGUGACGGAGCACGCGCGAGGCUCUGGCGCGUCGCACGGCCGCUGUAAACGAACAACGACGGCGUUUAGUCGAUGACCGGUCUGCCCUUUACAGCAAAAUAUCGUUCGGUUAAAUAUCGUUUCAAAGCGAUGCUGUGACCUCAAACGCUCUCGCUAUUGGCCGCUGACUCCGUAACACUUUGUGCCAUUGUUGUUGUGUUUGGCUGAUGGGACAUCGGUUCUCGCCAUCGCUUCUGCGUCACCCGGGUGUUCUUGUCUGCGUUGGUGGGAGCUGACUUUUGAAUCUGAAUGCAUGAUCGUGGUGGGACAGGCUAGGCCGCAGAGCCCGAGGUCGCAUCAUGGAACUUGAAUGAGCCUGUCCCGACUUUCCUCCUAAGGCAUUAUAUCGGUAAUAUUUUGGCAGCUGUGCUGGAUGACGGCCUCUCCCCCUGCGCCGUGUGGGUAUCGGGGGGCCGUGACCGUCGCCACGCUGGUUGAUGCGGACCGGUGAAGGGCGUGGGGCCCUUGAGCGGUUCCGGAUCUCACUCGGCACCGCUGUCGGCCACGGCUGAGAACGACGGGUGCGGCACGCUAAUCCGCUGGCCGCCGCUGCUCCUCCUAAGGCAUUAUCGAGUACGGGAAAUCUUCCCUCGGGGUCUGUUUGUGCCCACCGGCUGCUCGAAGUAGUUUGUAGACGAAUCGUAUUUUCUUGCGUUGGUGCUUGAAUGUGCUGCUUUGACCGGCUCCGUUGGUGUGCAGGAGGAGCCCGGCCGGGCCGCGAGCGGCGACGCCUCCGUGGCGCGCCCGACUCCCGCAUGGACAAACGGACGAAGCCGCGAAUGCGCGCGUCGCUCGCCCGUUGUCAACUUGGCGUACGCGCAAGCGCGGCGCAGGGACUGGAAGGGGUCUGUGCAAUGGCCGUGUUGGAGCCCGAUACAUUUUUUGCCAAAAUACCUGAAUCCGCUGAGAACAGUGGAUGGGUCUACCGCGCCGCUUUGCCAAGACGAUUAGUCGUUUUAUUUCUGCCUGGCGCUGCUGAUGAGUAAUGCAAGUGACCCGUUUGGUUUGAACAAAACACGACAUACCCGAUUGUGUUGAAUUAAUGAAACGUGACGCCUGAGGUUCGUUUGCCAAUUUUUGCACAACGCCUGUACAGGGCGACGGCCAUCGGUUUCCGCGCGCAUUCGCAAAUCCAGUUAUUUAUUUUGUUUUUAGCCUCGCAAAAUGUUUUUUUUUUUAACAUGCCCCAAGAAGAAAAAAUAAUGGCAAGAUUCUCGAGUCGUUCGGCCGGAGGCGAAGGGUAUCUUUUUUAGCCCGAAGCGUAGGCAUUUUCGACCACGACCUUGCACAGAAACAACCCCGAUUGUCAAACGCCUCGGCGAGGAAGGCACUCCUCUCGGUUUCUCGUCCGCAAGGCGGCUGGUGUACCGAACACGUGCCACGUUCGCUACCCCGGGUGUGAGGAACGCGCCAACGUUUACACGCGGAGCUGGCGUCUUGUCCGCUGCUCGCCGAGUGUAGUUUUUAUUUCCUUGAUCGCGAUCUGGAAACGCCGCGCGCGCGCAUCGCUCCGCACGCGGCCCCAGGGGGCCGUUCCCUCGGCCGGUCUUGUCGGCCGCGCAGUGAAUCGCCUGCCAUUCCUUCACUUUUGAUGUCUUAAUUGUCGUUGAGUUUUUUUUGUUCUGUAAUGUGUUGUUUUGUUGUUGUUAUUAUGACGUGCGAGAGCCGCGGAGUGGCAAUGCUGAACAUGGAUGCUGUAUUCCGUUGCUUGCGAGCUUCGGGUUCUAGUGGCCAGUUUACUCAUUCGGGGUAGGUGACGCAUCCUCCCGCCUGCGUGGUGCAAUCUCAGCGUUCCGCUCAAAUAUAUAACAAAUGCCAUAAUUUAAACAAGCAUUACUUUAAUUGCAUUUGCCAUAAAAGUUCUUUAUAUUGUAAUCGUGUUAUAAUGGCAGGAUGCUACCUAUAACCAUUGUGAAACCGCGACCUUUCCAGCGUGUUAAACUGAUGUAUAGAGGACGGCACACUAUAGUAGUAGACUCCUGUUCUCACAGGAGCAGGCUCUGUCGACAAAGGCUCUCCUCCCGGACACUGACAUGCAUGGCUGACCACGGCCAAGUGACCCGUUCACCUGCGUGUGUGUAACUCGCAGAUUUGCGAGAUCAUAAACCCUGCCGUUUUGCGUGCUGCCACUCCGCAUGGCCCGGGAAGUCCACCUCGCCACACCGCCAGGUGCACAGAGAGCAAUGCGCGCGGCCCUCUCAGCGAAUGUGCGGCCGCUUGACACGAUUGGAUUUCACGCCGGAGUUGAGCUGGCCAUGAUGAUGAGGAGGAGGGGGGGGGGUUCCCGUGAUUUUUUACUUUGGUUAAAUUCUAUCGCACGUUGCCAAGCAGCCUGCUCACUUGAUUGUGUUUCGUUUGGUUUGUUUAUUUCUCCUGGGAUACUCGCCGUCGUAGGUGGCGGGUGGCUCUGGCUGACGAGGCUUGGCCAAGCACAACAAAACCAUUCACCCACCAGAUGUUGCAUUCAAACCGAGCCACUACCGUCCCGCAACAGCUUCUGGAGCGCGCCGCACUCUGCGAGAGAUCCCCAGGCCUCAACCGGCAGGGCGCGUGGUAGACCGCCGACAUCCGCGAACCCGCGCGGUUGGAAUUUGUUAAUAAUAAAAAACAAAACGAGAGAGCCCACGAGAGGCGGAUGUGAUCGGCGAGCCGGGGGACCCUUUGGGCUCCCGAGUCGACCACGUGCUCUGCUUGCCAUGGGCCUUGCGAUUUCUCUCUCGUUCGUGAAAAUUACUCAUUUCAUUUAAUACAGAAAGAAUAAUAUUUUAUUUCAAAUAUUAUUUGAGCUCUCGCCCCCCCCAGUUGGCGAUUCGGUGACAGUAAAUAAAUAAUAAUACAUCUCCGAAUCUUUUGGGGUCCAGUCGGGCAGAGUAAGUGACAUUGAAUUUGAAUUAAUGCAUCUCAGGGGAUUGGCGAUUUUUUUAAAGCGACUGGGAUCGAUGUUCGCGAUGCACGUUGCACCAGGGAACCGCGGGGCUGGUUGUGAAGCUCCCCACGUUGAAGCCCUGAAUCACGAGUUGGGUGGCUACGAUGCACGUGGCGGCCUGGAAAUCCGGCACUGUGGGGGCAGCAGCGAGGGGUUUGGUGGAUCGCAAGCGGAUGUUGCGAGACUUGCUCCGCCGCGUGCAUCGAGGAAAGUGCCUUACCCCUGGCUCGCCAGGAGAAGGCGGUCCAGCAGAAUGUGGACUAAUCUCUACGGGAUAGAGCGUUGCCCCCUCGCACUCACGCGUGCGUGCGUUUCCUCUGGGUGCUGAGGUAUCCCUCGCACGUAACAUCGCUCGUAGAUUGGCUGAAAACACCUCAAAAUAAAAUCACAACGAAGCAGAACCCGCGUGGAAAACAUUCCCUCCCGGGAUAAACAAGUAAUUGGUAUUGUUAUUACGAGCCCAUUUUUGUAACGUACGGUUAAUCGGUGAAUUCAAGGUCGGAUUUGCCGGACUGUAUUUGACAUUCCAGUGAUGCUUUUGUGAAUAUUCAUCUCAACCGUUCUCACACCCCCACACACACACCAACACCGUGUGCCGUAUUAGUGUUAUAUGGUGUAUAAUAAUGACAGCCUGUAUGGCAUCGUAUUAGGAUAUUAGGCUGUGUUAAGUGUAAGGCUUCUAGUCCAGGUGCUCGGUGUGGUUUAUACGCCACUGCGCCCUCUGUCCAGCUGUCUCAAGUAAAAAUUAGCGGACGAUACAUUGUAAGGACUGCCUUUGCAUUUGUGGAGCAAACACGUCCAAAAAGACCUCGCCACAAUUUGUCAUUAACACUGUUGUAUAAUGAAGAAGAUAUAUAGAGCAGGCUGACGUUUGAGGCAAUGGACCUACUUCAGAGCAUAGAGAAAAAGAGAUCGGCUGACUCUGUAGUUGAGAGGUGGCACUUUUCUCGGGUGGGGAAAUAUGUUGUACUUUUUAAAAUGAAAUGUUACAUCAUUUUGUCAACUCCACUGCCAGAUGAAGGUCUCCGCGGAGCCGCGCCGGUCAUGGGGAUUGUUUGACCAUACCCCACCACGCUGCUGACUCACUGCAGGGUUGGGUGAAGGCGGGUGGGGUGGGUUCCGAUUCAGAUGUCGCUCGCCACUCAUGUUCGCCGCAGAUGAACAUCAACGCUUGGGUCACAAGUUCAGAGGGCUAACGACUCUCCCAGAAUUUUUCCUCAUUGAUACAACAAAACAAUGAACGCGCAGUCGGGCUUUCGCGACCAGUAUUAUCCAUCGUCGAGUUUUUUUGGGGUUAGAUCGCGUAAAUAUAAAUGUGUCGUUAAACUGGCCACCACCCGGCACGGCCAGUUCGUAAGGGUUGUCACGUAAACAAAACGCGCCAAUUCGUUUCUACUUCAGCACGCCGAUUGUGUAUUGGAGAGUAAACCCCCCAGUCCAACACACCGGCGGUAUGCUGAACUAGUAACUGUUUGGCAAGUUUUGUUUACGUGGCUGUCGGGUGGUGGCGGGUUUAACUACGAAUUUUAUUUACGUGAUCCAUUCCACAAAACCGAUAUUAUGGAUUAAAAAACCUAAUACUGUAUUAGGGUUCGAUACUUAUUGUCUGCACCUAACAAAAGAAUUCUUGCCCCCGUCAAUCGAGAACCGAUGAUUUGUCAUCUUCCUUGAAACGUCUCGAUCCAGGGGCCCCCCGUCGUGCGGCGAGCGAUCUCCACUUUGGGUUGAUGCGAAGUUGGGACAGUGGGAGCAGGCAGAGCGCCGAGCGCGAACAUCAUCGCGGAAUCUCGGCCGAGGGGAAGUUUCCUCUUGACCUUUCGGUUUGUCGAGCAGAGCGCGCCGCCCGCUGCUGUGUCAAGUCGCCGUGGGAUGACCGCGUGGUGUCUCUGGCAGAAGGGACCACUCUCAGAGCCGCGGGGUCAACAUAUAAAUAAAGAACUUCAAAGGGGGGCGGCCUGCGUUCAGUGAAUCUCUCCCCGCUCGAACGAGCAUCGGCGGUCUCUCAUUUUUAUUGGCGGCCUUGAACCAGUGAUGGCAAUUCCACAUUCUCAUGGCAGAGACAGUUCUAUCCAUGUGAAAGCUCCUGGUACUCGGUUUAUAUACUGCAAAGUCUCAUUACUAUAGACGAUGGUUUGAGUCAACCGAUGUUUAAUUAUAUAAUAACCACGUGACCAGUAAUCGUCCAGAAGGAACAGCACUAGCUUUCUUGGGUUUACCGAAAUAUAUAUUUGUGUUCAAUGUACUUGCUGCUGUACCGAACCAGCCAAAGAGUCUCAUUAACAAGAUAUUUAGAUUGCAAGCCCGGAGGUUUUGUUUGAAAGCCCCGACUUAAGAAUGAGGCUUCACACAUGUUCGUCCUUCACCACCAAGUGUCAGCUCGCAGCACCUUGUCACAUGUAAACCGUGUAUUGAAAUUACAAUUACCGCUGAAAUUGAUCGUUUAAAGUCCCCGCUUAAAACCACCGCCAACAAAAAACAUAACUCCACAAAAACGCGACGUCUGCAAAAAAAUCAUAGCACUAUUAUUAUUUUUUUAUCGUUAACGCUGGCGGUUUAUUGGGUACUGCACUCUAUAGCCACGGCAUCUAAAUCAGCUCAACUCCUGUAAACCACGUGACUUGUGGGGACAUCCCCACUCUGAGUCCUUCCCCUCUCACCUCUACAUCCCGAGCUCGCUAUCUAAAUCGGUUCAAGCAUCCCAGAAACCACGUGGCUUGUGUGUGGCCACGCCCACUCUUAACUCCUCUCCUCUACCCCGCCCCCUCUGAAAACAGACGCCGCUCCUCCGGUGCAGCAGCGUCGAGGCCCAUGUGCAGCCUCUUAAUAAAUCUUCGUUUCUCCGUUCCUUUCCCAUUCUUUCCACUCUCAGGUCACAUUCUUGCUCUACUCGCUUCCCGUUCCCGUGACGUUCUCUUUACCCAUUCAUUGCGCCCUCGACUUCUCGUAGUGCGCCGCCACGGGCUACACCAGUUGCUAGUGCAGUAGGCCGUACGUUUGUCUCACGUGCUCUCGUCUCACAAUCGAAGGUGCCCGCUGCACUGAUCCCAGCUGCUCGCGGUCAUGCACUGUGUACAGUGUCCCUCUGGAGGGGUGUCUCUUUGUGUAAUUUGGGGAGCGGUCGUACGGUGGUGAGCGCGCUACACAAGGAACCCGGCCACGAGAAUCCGGUUCCGGCUCAUGACCAACACCAGCGACGAUUAUCUGAACCGGUCCUACCCCCUCCUCCUUCCCGAGGUCAACUCGGCCUCAAAUGAGCACAUGGUGCGGUGUGUAAACAUCGCCAGUCGGUACACAAAGGCGGCCGUGCGUGGUGCUGGCCACCCACCCUCGUGUGCCGUGCCGGCCUUCAUAGGUGCUCGCUAACAGCACUUGCCUCAAAAGCAUGUUAAGGCUACACGGGUCAUAUUUGUGUCUGUAAUGGGCUGAAUCGGAACGAAAGGAAGAUGUCAUAUUGUUAUACUUUCUCCUUGAGCGUAAUUGUCUUGUUUUGGGGGGCAAUGGGGCUUCUAUCUAUGAAUAUAUAUCCAAGCGCACACCUGUCUGUAAAUCCCACCUGAGUAUACAAAUAAAUCUAAUUUGCGUA